UGGCCCUGCCCUGUGGCCGCCCCUCGGGGCCCUCCGGUCUGGCUGCCCACGGGGCUUGAGGCCUGCCAGCGGUUCUACAGCUCCCGCGACAAGGUGACUCCGCUUCGCGUGUCCCUAAUUCUGAAUCAUGCAGUCCGCAGAGGCGCUUAGCCAUCUCGGGGAGUGCUUGCUGCUGCGGCCCUCAACUUCGGUGGCCAUGUGUAUAGGAGGAAGGCCUUGCAGACAGAUGUUCACGAGCAGUGCUUUUUCCCAUAGGAGCAUUUGCGUUCCUCUGGUAGUGGGAGAACUUGCUCUUCCAAGCCGAGGCAUUGUCGGGGAUUAAUCAGUCGGUUUAAUCAGUGCUUUGAUGCUUGCAAAGAUUUUGGGGCUUUCUCUUUUCUCUACCAGGCCCAAAGUUGCAAGCAUAAUAUGAUGGGAGAGAGGAGCUGUGUGUCUCUAAAAUUAGGAGUCAGAGUUUUUCAGCAGGGUGGUAUUGUUACUGGGAGUCUUGUGGUUCCUGGCAAAGCCACCUUUCUUCAAAAUUUUUUGAGUGAAUAACACAAGGAGAAGUUAGUGAUGGACCUUUCUGCACGUGAUCUUAGGAAGUCAGGUGUUUUCUGCGUGUUCUUUUGUUCUUUUGGUUUUUUUUUGUUUUAAUUUAGCCAAAACAGACUGCUUCCUUUUCUGUGAAGUCUGAGUGCUCCUUAUUAUGUAAUUGGCACUGCUGCCUGAAAGCCAGGAGAAAAUAGAUAUGUCAGCAUAUCCUGCUGAAAGCAUAAGAAACUUCAGUAUUAUAGCUCAUGUAGAUCAUGGCAAAAGCACACUAGCAGACAGAUUGCUGGAAAUUACAGGAACAAUUGCUAAAACUGACCGUAACAAACAAGUACUGGAUAAACUGCAAGUGGAACGUGAAAGGGGAAUUACAGUUAAAGCACAGUCUGCAUCGCUCUUUUACAAUUACAAAGGAGUAAACUACCUCUUAAAUCUUAUUGACACACCAGGCCACGUAGAUUUCAGCUAUGAAGUUUCACGGUCACUAUCUGCCUGCCAAGGUGUCCUACUUGUAGUAGAUGCCAAUGAGGGUAUUCAGGCUCAGACAGUGGCAAACUUCUAUCUUGCUUUUGAAGCGCAACUUGCAAUAAUUCCUGUCGUAAACAAGAUUGACUUAAAGAAUGCAGACCCUGAAAGAGUUGAAAAACAAAUUGAGAAGCUGUUUGAUAUCCCUGUUAAUGAAUGUAUAAGGAUUUCUGCUAAACAAGGGACAAAUAUUGAAAAAGUUCUUGAGAAGGUCAUUGAAAAGAUUCCACCACCUCAAUUUAAUACUACUGAUCCCUUGAAAGCCUUAGUGUUCGACUCCACCUUUGACCACUACCGAGGUGUCAUAGCUAACAUUGCAAUUUUUGGUGGGGAGAUUCAGAAAGGGCAUAAAAUUGUGUCUGCGCAUACAAAUAAAAGAUAUGAAGUUAAUGAAGUAGGAAUUCUGACGCCAAACGAACAGCCAACACACAAACUAUAUGCUGGACAGGUGGGCUACCUGAUUGCUGGAAUGAAAGAAGUAACAGAAGCCCAAAUAGGAGACACGCUGUUUAUGUAUAAACAGCCAGUGGAGCCUUUGCCUGGCUUUAAGUCAGCGAAGCCAAUGGUUUUUGCAGGAAUGUAUCCUGUAGAUCAAACAGAAUAUAAUAAUCUUAAAAGUGCUUUGGAAAGGCUGACAUUGAAUGAUUCCAGUGUCACUAUUCAUCGUGACAGUAGCCUUGCUUUAGGAGCUGGAUGGAGGUUGGGUUUUCUUGGUCUUUUGCAUAUGGAAGUUUUUAAUCAACGUUUGGAGCAAGAAUAUAACACAUCUGUUAUUUUGACUGCACCUACUGUUCCAUAUAAAGCUGUUCUUUCCUCAGCAAAAUUGAUAAAGGAGUAUGGUAAUUCAGAGAUUACUAUUAUCAACCCUGCUCAAUUUCCUGAUAAACAUUCAGUGUCUGAAUAUCUGGAGCCAACUGUUCUUGGCACUAUUGUAACACCUCAGGAAUAUAUUAGGAAAAUAAUUGUUCUGUGUCAGGAUCGUAGGGCAGUCCAGAAAGAAAUGUUGUAUAUUGAUGAACAUAGGGUUAUGCUAAAAUACCUUUUUCCAUUGAAUGAAAUUGUGGUGGAUUUUUAUGAUGCCCUUAAGUCUCUGUCUUCUGGCUAUGCAAGUUUUGAUUAUGAAGAUGCAGGUUACCAGCCAGCAGAUCUUAUCAAAAUGGAUAUUCUUAUAAAUGGAAAUCCAAUUGAAGAACUGGCAACUAUCAUACACAAUGAUAAAGCCUAUGCUACUGGUAAAUUCCUGUGUGAGCGUUUAAAAGAUACCAUACCAAGACAGUUAUUUGAAAUAGCCAUCCAGGCUGCUAUUGGCAAGAAAAUAAUUGCAAGGGAAACAUUGAAAGCUUACAGGAAAAAUGUUGUGGCAAAAUGUUACGGUGGAGACAUUACAAGAAGAAUGAAGCUUUUAAAAAGGCAGGCAGAAGGGAAGAGACUGAUGAGAAAAAUUGGCAAUGUGGAAGUACCAAGAGAUGCCUUCAUACGUGUUUUAAAGAGACAGCCUGAGAAAUAAAUUAGUAUUAUGCAGCAGAUUGUCUUAACUUCUUAGAGACAGCGGACCUUACAGCCAUACCAGAAAGCCAAAGCAUCAAGAACAGACUGAAGAACCCAGCUUGUUUUUGUUUCUGGAGGUAAUGACUGAACUGCAGACCUUUGUAAAUAAAUAAUUUUAAAAAAAUCCAACCACAAGAAGAAAAACUUAUUAAAUCAACAUGACUAAAGCACAAAAGUUUCUUAGAUCUUAAAGGAUAACUAUUGAUCAUGUAUAUUGGAAAGAUCGAGUCAGUAAUGUUUCUCAUGAGUUUGGCAGUAAGCAGGAAAACACCAAAUGUGGAUUUGAUACAAAAGGCAUUUUUAUUCAAAGAAAAACAGCUAUGCCAUGUACUGAAGUUUAAGCAUUCCAUUUCCUGUUUUUCUGUUCUGUUUUAGAAAAACAGGAAAUGAAAAGGAGAAUUACCCACUUACUUCCUGGAGGCGUGAAAAUGCUUACAGAGUAUUCUCACUGCCAUAUGGAAAAAGUUAUAUUUAAAUCCUUUUAGUGGUUUUGGAAGUACAGUUAGAAACAAAGUUUAUUUAAAUGAUGAUAUGCAAAGUCUCUUACUAGAUAGAAAUAACUGCAAAAGCAAUUAUUUCACAUAAAAAUCUUCCAGCCUAUUCAACUCAAAUCAGGUUAAAUAAAUGUUUUAAACAAGAGCAUGCAGAAGUAAAAAAGAACUCCCAGAUCAACUUUCCUGGAGACAAGUAAAUUCGAAGAUAUUUUUCUGCCUUCUUCUGCGAUAAAGGAAUGAAAGGAAAAGGUGACCUUCCUCCCAUUUUGCAAAAAGAACACUUAGAGGAUCAUUUCUCUUAUUUGUUUCAGAAAGUUAGAAAAAAAAAAAAAAAAGGGGGGGGGGGGGGGUAAAAGUUAUUCUAACUUUCUGAUAGAGUGGCAAUUUGUUAUCAAACACUGCUUGAAGUUUCAUGUGAUACCUUGAGAUUUUCCUUAAAUGGUAAAAAGCUGUAGUAACUAGCUACCAGAAUUAGCAGUCAUCAAGAACCACCCAGCUUCCUAAGAACUAAGUCAUCCAACCUGGAGAUCAAGAUUCAGAAAUAAUCCCAGGUUUUACUAAUACUGAUUUCUCCAUCUAAAAAAAAGAAAAACCACCAAGUAAACUUCACUAACACAUGAAUAGGGAAAAUUACGCCAGGCAAAACAAUCUGAGAAUUCUAUUGCUUUGUAUGCAUUAUAGGGUAAUUAAAUAGGUGAAAUAGUACGUAUUCAUACACUGUAGCCCUUAGUUUUCUGUGGAGAUAUGUUCACUAUCAGUGUCAUUCAUACCUAAUAUUUUUAUUAGAGUAGUUUGUAUACUCCCUAAGCAGAGCUUUUGUUUAUUUGGAUACAGGAUAGUGUUUAGCACCCAUCCAUGCAGUUUAAGAGGUUUAUCUUUGACAAUGCUAAGUACUAUCUAGCAGUGUGAUAUGUGUGAAGAGUGCCCCCUCUCCCUGAUAUGUACCAAAGAACAUACUGAAAAAAUCUAAAGUGAGAAUUAUAAAUGAAAUCAGUAUAAAGUCACAUUAACACCAGACUUUACUAUUAUCUACAGACUAUUUUUAGAGCAUUAUAUCAUUAAUGCCAGCCUUGCUGCUACAUGCCUCAACUACUACAAAAAUUCACACAGUAAGAAAGGUGGCUAAUAAAUACAACCACAUGUUCUGUACUAAUACAGCUGGGAGAAAACUAUUUUGCUGAGCUUCUACAGUCUUAGUUAAAUAUAAUUAACAUCCAGAAACACUAAGUUACUAUAAGAAAUCCAAACUCAAAGCUUGCCUCAAUAUACCUACUACAAAUCUGAAAAGCAUAGUUUGUGCAAUGCAUUAAAGUCUAAACAGAUUGCCAUUGCACUUUAUGAAGAGUGUCCUCCGUUCACAUCCAAGUCUGCCUCACAUAGUUGAAGCUUACUGACAGUAUAUAAUAAGAUAAAAUCAGCAUGAAAUAUACCAGGAUUGAAAUAAAAUUUGUUAUAAUUGCAAGUUUAUAUAUUAUCAUUUCAAAUGGGAAGUAAAUACUUGAAAAAAAAGAUCUCUUUUGAAUAAAGUAUUUAUCAAAUGACACUGUAUUUUUGUAUGCAAGGAACACAAGUUACAUCUUCCAGCACUUUCCCACUCACAAUGUAGAAGUUAACAUUUAGUAUCCUGAAUAUAUGUUAGCUAUAUGAUGUGCCAGGAGACUUCAUAUAGUUGUUAUUUUUAAAUAGAGGUAACUUCUGAUUCAGUGCUCACCUUUGAAGUACUUCACAGUUUUAACUCUUAGUUCUAAAGUAGCAUCUUCAUCGCACACAAAGAUAGUACGAGGGUGCUGCUGGAAAGCAGAAACUGUCCACAUAUGAUUGACACCUUCUUCAAUAGCUUUGUAUAAUGCAAAAGCUUUAUGUGCACCUGUUAUAAGAAUCAUCACCUGCAAAACAGAAGCCUUUUUACUUUCAGUCCCCAUAACACCACAAACUAGUCUUGAAAACAGAUACAUGCAACUAGAACUGAAUAAGUUCUUACUUCUCUAGCAUCCAUCACUGUACCCACACCAACCGUUAGCGCCAUAGUUGGUACUUUAGAUAAGUCUCCAUCAAAGUAUUUAGCAUUUGCCAAAAUGGUGUCCAUUGCUAAAGUCUUUAAUCUUGUUCUUGAAGACAAACUCGAUCCGGGUUCAUUGAAUGCAAUGUGGCCAUCUGGACCAAUGCCUUUUCAAAGUUAAAGAAAGCAAAUCAUUCCAGACCUGCGAGUCAACAAAUAUCCUCAAACAUUGCAAAAGAAUAAAAAGAAAAAUUUAUGAUUCA